AUGACCCAAGUGAACGCACCAGAAUUCGUUCGUCAUCCCAAGCUCAUUGCAUGGGUUGAAGAAAUUGCUAAAUUAACUAAACCUGCAAAAAUUGAAUGGUGUGACGGAAGCGAAGAAGAGAAUCAACGUUACAUCGACUUGAUGAUCGCUAACGGCACUAUGCAAGCGUUGAACCAAGAAAAACAUCCUGGUUCUUAUUUAGCGAAUUCUGAUCCGUCUGACGUAGCGCGUGUUGAAGGUCGUACAUACAUCUGUUCUGAAAAACAAGAAGAUGCUGGUGCGACAAACAACUGGGAAGCUCCUGCUGAGAUGCGUACUCGCCUUAACGGUUUGUUUGAUGGCGCAAUGCAAGGACGUACCAUGUACGUGGUUCCAUUCUCUAUGGGUCCAUUAGGUUCUCACAUUGCUCACAUCGGUAUCGAAAUUACAGAUUCUCCUUAUGUUGCUGUAAGUAUGCGUAAAAUGGCUCGUAUGGGUAAAGCUGUUUAUGACGUACUAGGCACUGAUGGCGACUAUGUUCCUUGCGUACAUACUGUUGGCGCGCCGCUGGCUGAAGGUCAAAAAGAUGUUGCAUGGCCUUGUAACCCAGAAAAAUAUAUCGUGCAUUAUCCAGAAACUCGUGAGAUCUGGUCUUACGGUUCAGGAUACGGCGGUAACGCAUUAUUGGGUAAAAAAUGCCUUGCUUUACGUAUUGCAUCAUCUAUGGGUCGUCAACAAGGCUGGUUAGCUGAACACAUGUUGAUCCUUGGCGUGACCAAUCCACAAGGUGAGAAACACUAUAUUGCUGCGGCAUUCCCAUCUGCAUGUGGUAAAACCAACUUUGCGAUGUUGAUUCCACCUGCAGGUUAUGAAGGUUGGAAAAUUGAAACUGUAGGUGACGAUAUUGCUUGGAUCAAGCCAGGUGAAGAUGGUCGCUUAUAUGCAAUCAACCCUGAAGCUGGUUUCUUUGGUGUCGCACCUGGUACAAAUAUCAAAACAAAUCCAAACUGUAUGGCGACACUUCACAAAGAUGUCAUCUAUACAAACGUUGCUGUAACAGAAGAUGGCGACGUAUGGUGGGAAGGUUUAACCAAAGAAGCGCCUGCUAACUUGACCAACUGGAAAGGCCAACCGCAUGUUGCUGGUGAAAAAGCAGCACAUCCAAAUGCGCGUUUCACCGUUGCAGCGGGUCAAUGCCCUUCUAUUGAUGCUGACUGGGAAAAUCCAGCUGGCGUACCAAUUUCUGCGUUCAUCUUCGGUGGUCGUCGUGCAGAUACAGUACCUUUAAUCUCAGAAGCUUUUGACUGGGUUGAUGAUCAAUUUAAUCUUGUGACUUCUCAAAACAAAGAUCAAUGGAUCAAAGAGAUUGAGAGCCACACUGAGUUAUUUGAUAAACUUGGUGAGCGCUUACCAGCUGCACUUAAAACUCGUCAAAAUGAGCUUUUAGAGGCUGUUAAAAAAUCUGCUUAA